UAGGACAAAAGUAGCCGGCAAGCUGCAUCACUCUCCGCCGCAGAGGUUUGACUACAUUGAGAAGAAAAACAGUCAAAGUUUUCCAGCUGGCUGCCGACGCUGCUGAGCGGCCGGAGUAAGCGACCUGCAAACUGAUCCCAGUCCGGCUGUGAGUGUCUGCUGCGGGUUACCACUGACAAGCAGCAAAGGUGCCUUCACAUAUACCCCCUGAAAGUUCACAAUGGCUGACCGUUUUGACUGUGACAACUGCAAGGAGUCCCUGUACGGCCGCAAGUACAUCCAAUCAGAUGACAGUCCCUACUGCGUCCCAUGUUACGACAGCCUGUUCUCAAACACGUGUGAUGAGUGCAAAGAACUUAUUGGCCAUGAUGCAAGGGAGCUGUUUUACGAGGACCGACACUACCACGAGCACUGCUUUCGUUGUUUCCGCUGUGACCGCUCGUUGGCAGAUGAACCAUUUACCAGCCAGGAUGAUGCUUUGCUCUGCAACGACUGCUACUGUAACGAGUUCUCGUCCAAGUGCGUAGCCUGUGACAAGAUCGUCAUGCCAGGUACAAGGAAGCUGGAAUAUGCAGGCUCUACAUGGCAUGAGGGCUGCUUCAUCUGUCACAGCUGCGAACAGCCCAUUGGCUCCAAGUCUUUCAUCCCUGACAAGGAUGAACACUAUUGUGUUCCCUGCUAUGAGGACAAGUUCGCUCCGCGAUGCACACGCUGUAAAAAGACCCUGGCUAAAGGUGGUGUGACCUAUCGAGACGAGCCGUGGCAUAAGGAGUGUUUCGUGUGCACCAGCUGUAAGACGCAGCUGGCCGGUCAACACUUCACCUCCCGAGAUGACAGCCCUUACUGCCUUAAGUGCUUCGGCAGCCUGUACGCCAAGAAGUGUGAGGCCUGCACCAAACCCAUCACAGGUUUUGGAGGAGGAAAGUACAUCUCAUUUGAGGAUCGCCAGUGGCAUCAGCCGUGCUUCACCUGCACCCAGUGCUCUGUUUCACUGGUGGGGGCCGGCUUCUUCCCCAACGGCGAAAGGAUCCUGUGCCGUGACUGCCACACCAGCCUAUAAGACCCCCACUUCCCCUCCCUUCACUCUCACAUUGACUUAACCUUUUACUCCUUGUCACAGCAUUUCCACAACCCCAAGAUAUGACAGAGGAAGUUAACACAGGCUAAUGCUGCCUCUCAGGUCAUUUUAUAUCAAGAGCUCGGUUCUAUAUUGUCCCUGUUUGGAUGAGUUUCGCUGUUGCAUUGUUUGCAUGAAUCGUAACAAAGAUUUAUUCAUUAAACAAAAACAUAAAUAUUUUGUGAAAGAUAGUUUAUGGAGUGCCUUAAGAAUAACAUCAUUUGUAUGUUAACCAAAGAAAAGUAAAGUGCUAGUAACUUUGCAAGAAAUUCCUUGAUUUUAUAUAUACGUAAUUUACAAGUUCAGGUAGAGGUCAGGCUCUGAGGAGAAGACGCAGAACACUGAUACAGUAUAGUAUGGAAACAUGUCAGUCUGUAUUUUCAAAUUGUGGUGGACUUUACUGUUGUAAUUGUAACUCUUAUAACUGACUGUAGCUUCAUGCAUUUGAAUGUUGCUUCUUCUCUCGUGUCAGUUAUCUGUCUCGUGUAUGUCUUAACUUUGUGCAUCUUUUGUUGCAACAUGUUGCUGUAUAUAACGGCAUAGAAGGAGGUGUGACACUGUUGUAGAGAAAACCUUGACCGUUUUUAAAAGAAAAUACAUUUUUAAAAAAUCAAUAAAAAUGAAAAUACCAAUUUAAAAAGCUGAUUAAGCUUAAAUGUAUUCAGUCAUGAUCUAUUGCACUUUGGAUAAUAUUGCUCCAUUGUUACGUGCACAUAAAAUCACAAUUCAAAGGCAUGCACAAAACUCACAGACCACUUUUAUUUGUCAUGCGUCAGCUUCUGAUAAACUUGUAAUAAUGUUUAUUUUACACAAAGCUUCUGCUUGUUUCUGUGUUUUUGUUUUUUGGCUUUUUUUUUUUUUUAAUGACUCUUUAUAUCACUGUUUAUAUCCCAAAAGAAGCUGAAUGCAUUACAUGUUGUGUAAUGCUGGAAUAUGCAUGUCUUCCUCUGCGAUUAUUUGCUUCAGUAACUAUUAUGUUGCUUUUAAGGUUUGUAAUUUUCAUUGUUAGUGUGUAACAUUUAUGUGAAAAAAUGAUAAAGUAUACAUUCAUGUCAAUAUUUCAGCUUUGAUGCUGGUGAGUCAGAGUUGGCAUAUGUGCAUUUCAAGAUGGAAAAUAGGCCAUCGUGGUCAUACCAGUAUGAACAUACUGUAAAUCAGAUGAUAAUUGAAAUGGCUUAAAGCUACAGUGGUUAGUUUUAUUUGUGAAGUCUUAUUAAAUAAACGUACACUGACUGUUCUUCUGUGGACAGUUUUUA